AUGUCAUCCCAAGAAGACCGCCGUAGAGAGCAGGGCGCCAAGACCGGCGAGAAGAUUGGCCAGGCCGAGGACCGCGCCCGCCAGGAGGCAGCGAAGGCCGAGCAGAACAUCAAGGACGGUGUUGAGACUGCGGAGCGCAAGACCAAGGAGGGCGCUGAGGCGGCCGAGCGCAAUAUCAAGCAAGGUGCUGAGAAGGCCGAGCGUAACAUCAAGCAGGGAGCUGAGAAGGCUGAGCAGAAGGCGCAGGAGGCUAAGGAUACUAUCCUCGCCAAGCUGAAGGAGGAUGGCGUUGUCAACCCUAAGGGUUUGGCUAUGGCUGGUUUCGGCGGUCUGUUCAUCGCUGCCGUCCCACUCACGUCCUGGAUCGCCCAAGAGAACGGCCUAGCCGAGGGCCUUGUGAAUGGCGUCUGCAGCGCCGUGGCGUGGCUAGGCAGCGCCGGCAGCACCUCCCGCGUCGCACAGACUGGCAAGAUCGCCGCCCUCUCCACCCUCUACAUCGCCGUGACCUACGCCUUCUCCGGCGCCGGCAGUGCCGCAGGUGUCGAAGCCGGCAAUGAAGAAGGCCGCGAUAACAACCACCCGCGCUCUCAAGUCCAGAACCUCCAGGGUCUGCCUCUGCGUCUGUACUCCGCGCACUCGAACCUUAUGGAGAUGUUCGGCGGCUUUGGUCUCACAGCUGCCUUAACGGCGGCGAUUGCACCGGCUGAUCAGAGCUUGAUCAACUUGCUUGGUCUGCAUGUUAUCAGCAAGUGCUUCAUCUACUACCCGGCUUAUCUGUUCAACGUUGGGCCGGCACGCACUGUUGCUCACGUCUUGGCUACGGCUAGCGUGAUCAAUGUUGCCCUCAAGCUCUCCAAGAGACCGAUCUUGUAG